GAUCUUCCGCAGAAAUUGCCGCCCUCUGAUGCGCCGUCUCUUGAGACCGACGUCAGCCGCACCAGCUCUACAGACCGGCUUGGCGACACAGUCAACUCGCAGAGUUCGAAGAGCACGCUGCGAGGCGACGAGAGACGGACGAAAUGGUGGGACUUGGCGGAGACGGAGGCGGAAGAGGAGAUGGAGCAGCUGAAGGCCAGACUCGGCCGUUGCACUCCUCGAGCCAUGGAGUCCGCGAUGACCACCGUCCCGGUCUCCUCUUCCCCCACCUCGUCCGCACCCUCUUUGACCUUGCAGACGAGCGGCUCGCGAAACCCGUCCGCGUCAACCAUGUCCCAUCUGCACGGCCAUCGUGCAAUCCGCGACGGCGACAAGUUGAUUCUCACCAUUCCUUUGGGCGACCACUUCACCGUUGAUGAGAUCCGCGUGGCCGAGACACGCAAUGCGGUCUGUGUGAAGGCGAGUCGUCAGGUCAGGAUACCCGAGAGCGGGGACAACAGUGGCGUCAGUAGCCGGAACAGCUACAGUGGCGCGGGUUGCGCGACUCCGGAGGCUGUGGGCUUGGCGGGUCCGGCGGCUGUUAUCGCGGGGACGGGGGCCGGAGAGACGGCCGGCCGCGGCAGACUUGGCAACCUGGUGCGGCAACAGUUCUAUAAAGAGUACGAAGCAUCUGAUUGCCUUCCUCGGCCAGAGACGCUCUCCUACACACUGACGGACGGCCUCUUGCGAAUUGAGGUUAGGGUCUUGUCGAAGGACUCGGUUUAG